AUGGCCUUCAAAUCCUGCACCCACCUCUCCUCUAAGGGCGCCAUUUCAUCUCUGGGCGCGUUGGCCUUAUGCUCCCCCCGAUCAUGGCUCGCUUCGUUUGCUCGCCAGUCUAUUCUAUCGGCCCUAACGAGUGCCAUCUCUGUCGGAUACCUCAUCGUCGAUGACGCUGAAGGCUCUCAUGCCUACGGAUUCUUCAAAAAGGGCUGCAACCAUGUCCACAUCAAAGUCAAAAGCGAUAACUUCUGGCUACGUCUCAUACUUUCCGGUGAUCUAGGCUCGAAGCGUACAUGA